CGUUUGCUUUAUUUAUCUCAGUUUCAUGCAGAAGCAGUUGCCUUUGUAUCCUCACUCGCCGGUAGGGCUAGGGUCUUGCGUGGCGGGUAUUUCGUGCGAGCCCAAUCAGUGCUGUGUUUCCGCAUCUUCAGUCCCAUUCAUCUGAUUUACUACGUAACAUCGUUUCCAAGAUUUGAAAAAUAAUAAUCAUCUUAGCCACCCGAAGAGUACCCCGCAUCAGCUGAGAACUGAUACAUGUAGUUUGCAAUGGAGAGGCUACUGCUAAGUAAUGCUGGGAAAAAUCGAGGUGGAGAUAUAUCUCGGGAGGCGCAGAGAAUAUGGAGCAUGCUGGAUGAGAUGGCAGAAGAAAACCCCGAGAGCUAUAAAAAGUUCGUGGAAACCAAUAUACGAGAAGGAAAGGAGCUAUUCGAACCGCCAAUUCCCUUCCGCUGUUUCCAAACCAAGCUAUUAUCCUCCAAGGACAAGCUGUUUAUCAACAUCUGCUCGUACUCGAGGAUCAAGAAACCUCAGCCCAACACCACGGUUAGUACACUGGCCGGGGAGAUCCUAAGCGGAUUCUAUUACCGCGGCGAGCGCGUUCAGUGCGUUGCCGUGGCGUUUCAUCCGGACAUGAUCGAGAAGAUGAAGAGCAGCCGCGAGGACGAGUACGAUCUGAUGUGCAUGGUGAUACGCUUUCUUCAGGACAUGCGGAAAGUAUCGAUAUCGUCCGAGUUUGAGCGCUGGAAAGAGGAUGACUACGUUGGCUUGCAGACCAUGCUGAGUGACAUCUCGAGAACGCUGCAUGGCAUGGAUCCGGUUACCCGUGUGCCGGACGUACCCGAUGGCGUGCCCACCCUCGAGCAGAUCAGCCGCCUGGCCAAGGGUGAUGCAGUCGCCAGCGGUAGGAACGGUGACACGGCAGCUGCAUCACUACUGAAUAGUGGUGGCUCACGCACAGCACCACCGGCGUCGGCGCCGUCGUCGGCUAAGCCUCUCGUCACGGAGGUCAGCUCAUCGCCGUCGGUACGGUAUACUCACCGUAUUGAAGUACGGCCAGCCGACAAGAUCAAGCCCAAGCGUGCGGUGUUCAUUGCUGCCUUGCCAAAUGUCGAGCGGAUUGCAGACAUCACCGUCGACAUAUCCAAGGAUGACAUCUCUGUCCAAGUACCUAGCCAGCCAACACUCUGUCUACGUUGGCCACAGCCGGUCAAAGAUACCAAGGUUAUCGCCAACUUCACCAAGUCUCGUCAGCUCAUAGUGAAGGCUCCGCUGCUUUAGGAUAAGAUGGGAGACACAGUAACGGGAGAAAUGGCGUCUUUGAACAGAGUGUGUCAUGUGUCAAACCGAACCUUGGGGACCACAGAGUCAACGGAUUGCUUUCGCUGGCUGCGCAACUUGCACAUUAUAUUGCAAUGGAAAGUAAUGCUAAGCUGAUGUCAAUGUUGCCCCUACUAGCGGUGAUACCUAUCGCCGUCAUUGUCUAGGCAAGAAUAAUGCCAUCUGUAGAUUCUACAGAGCCGUGCCAGAAUCCUAACAAUUGUGAAUGCCGCAGGGGGCAAUGGUUUGAACUCUGAUCAUCAAUUUUGCACCUAUUGUGGUGCACAACUACCUGCCUGGCUACCCUUCGUCAUACUGCCAUUCUCGCCUCUCUGCUCCAAUUGUAAGUUUUUGAGUUUUUGAAGUUGUAGGAAAUUUUACUUAAAGUAUUUAUCAAGCGCCUUCUCCGGCAGGAUGUGCGGAUUCUGCUCUUAGGUAUCCUCUCUGAGAACAAGAAAUAACUUUAAUUUCUGCUUGUAUUUUACCCAUAACUAUUUGGGGUGUGUCCGGGAUCAAGCGAUUGAGAGAGGGCAAUUGUUCAUAUUUUAUUUACUCAUCUGCAGGUUUCCAAGAUGGGACCUAAAGUCACCUAAUGAAUACUCAUACAGCGCCCUACACACACAUGGCAAAAUGUCUUUCCGGAAGGAUGCUAGAGAAGCACAUGUUUUAUCAUUUUGAACUCAUUCAAUUGGCAAUCCAUUUCUAUAAUUGCUCCUGUAAGGCACCACAUUCGGCGAAAAAAAUAGUUGAGCUACAAACAAAUCCAUGUUGUUCUGAUCU